AGUUUUUGCUAUUUCUCUAGGAGAACACUCCCAUUUCCGACGGAACGGGAAGUAGACGCUCUGUUAACCCCCACAGCGCUAUUAGCAUUAGUCUGGCCGCUUUGUGCAUGGAUAACGAGUGUCGUACUGCAGAAAACUGGCCCGAAAAGAAGAUUUAUACCACCAUUAACGAUGAUGCCCAUGCUUGUUUAUCAUCUUCAUACAAGCACAAUGCAAACAACUACUUACUUUUUGCCAUGGGGACUAAAAUGUCGUUCGGCAAAGGAAGCGGUGAUCAAAAUACAGAAUCUGAUUUAACUUCUGCAAGCUCCCCCUGCAGUUUUGUUCACGCUCCAUCAGACUGCAAGCAGGUAGCCACUGAAGAAGAAAAAAAAGUGCAUGGAAAGCAAGAGACACCUGGGGAUGAGAGGUGCGGAGAGGACAUGAGUGCAACAGAUCUAAAUCGGUCUGCUCCAAGAGCGUCAGAACAAAUGGAGUCUGACGUCCAUACGAGCUCUACAAUUGCAGACCUAAAAUGUCAGCCAAGUGAGGACGCGUUGUCACAAAUGGGGAUGAACAGUGGACCUCAGCUGACCUCUGUGAGCUCUCCAACAUAUAAGAAAAGGGCCAAACGAAGACGUGGUAGGCAUGUUAAAGGCAAACAGGCUUUGACUGAAGAGAAAAAGGAUUCAGAGACUGCUAGUUGUGAUGCAGAUCAGCAUAAGGACGUCAGCACCACGAUAGCUUUGUCAGCAGCUUCAGUCAACCACAUCACUGGUGAUUCAGACCGUCAUGUAAUCAGCGGAUCAUCUCAAGAUGAGAAAUCAGGUUCUGACGCUGUCCUGAGUGACAAAGUAGAUGGUGAGGUCACAUUGCAGGUAAGAAGAAGACGAGGACGACCAAAAAAAUCUGAAUCUACAACUUCUCAGCAAACUGCUCCAAAGAUGCCCACACCUCGUCGAUCUAAUAACCUCGGAUGGACCCUGAGAAGUAGAGGAGAGCUACACCCUUCAAUGGAGAACGGAAACUCUGAUGGCAAUACUGACAUAAGGAUAACAGAGGGGACUUCUACAGACGACAGUAACCCAAUAUACAAUCAUGGCAUUAGGAGGAGAAGAAGGACUAAGCCUCUGGUUAAUGAGAAUGUUCCAGCCAAAGUGGCAAAGUUGGAUGAUUCCAUAGAGGGAUCACAAGUGUUGAGCAUUGAGGCAGGGGAAGCAGAGACGGAUAAACAGGUGGAAAACAGUGCUGAUAAACAGGAGACUGAUAGGAACAGUAAUGCUGAUGAGCCUUUGGUACAAGAGUUGCAAUCCUUUCCAGAGCCCGAAAAGAGUCCUGAAAAGGAUCUGAACAGUUUAGAUUUAGUGGAUCCCUCUCAAACGGAAAGCUCUGAUAUAAAGAUGUCCUUGAGGACAAAUGGCAGAGAGGAGUCUCAGUUACAAAUUCCUAAUUCAUCUGCUCAUCCAGUAAAUGCAGAUGUGCAGAGGGCAGAAACGGCUGGCAUGGCUUUAGAAUCAUCCUCUGAUAAAACACUACAACCUAUAACUGUGAAAUCUGAGAAUAUUGAGAUAGAGGUUAAUGCUUUACCUCCUGUGUCAGAUAAUCAUGCCUCUCAAAACAGUGCAGACGCCUCAGUUACAUUACCAAACAGGGCUCAUACAGUCUAUAGGUGUAAGAAAGGUGGCAAAAGAAAGAGAAGAGUUUUUAAGGUUUCCACGAGCAACAACCAUGUAGAAAAACAGGAGGCUACCCCUGAAGUUGAACAGAAACUUGACUGUGGCAAUGUGAAGACAGAAGCCAACUCAGAUGUCAACGAUAAUAUCAUUUAUGUUAAAAAAGGGGGCAAAAACAUGCUAAAAUGCAGCUACUGUGGCCGUCUAUUUAAAUUUCUGUCUCAGUUGAUCGUCCAUCAGCGCAUUCAUACAGGAGAGAGGCCCUUCAAAUGUCCAGAAUGUGGGAAAGGUUUUACCAAAAACUCCAACUUGAAUCUCCAUCUCAAGAUGCACCUAAAGAACAACAUGUAUCAAAAAUGCCAGCUGUGCAAAAUCAGAGUCUCCAUCUCGCAGUUCGCCGCACAUAUGGAGACACACACUCAGGGGGUGAACGAGUCGGCCCUUAUGUAUCCCAACAGGAGAAUAGAAAAUCUAAGCCAACCCAGAAGCAACAAGAGUGCCCAGGAAAUUCAGAAGGAAUCUGCAGAGAAAAAAAGCAGCAAAACAUGUCAGUACUGCGGCAAGACGUUCCCAUUCCAGUCCGCCCUCAAGAGACACGUCCGCAUCCACACGGGAGAGAAGCCUUACAAGUGUGACAUAUGUGGCAGAGCUUUCGGGCAGUCUUAUUUCCUCCGCGUGCAUGAGCUGACGCACUGGACUGUGAAGCGCUACAACUGCACCCGCUGCGAGAAGUCCUUCUCCCACUACAGCAAUGCCAAAAACCACCCGUGCAAACCGGUAAGCGGCAGCAACGACUCCCAAGCCAACAGACGCAUAAAGCCGCUGCUGACGUACACGUGCUACAUCUGCAAGAACGUUUUCGAGCACCUGCAGAACUUCAACAAUCAUAUGAAGGAGCACACGGGCACCAAGCUGUUCCGCUGCUUGUAUUGCGACAAGCUGUUCAGCGUGAUGUCUGAUUUCGAAGCCCACCGGACUCGAUGCACAGCAGAAAGGAACGUGUUCAGCUCAAUAAAAGAGGAGGAGAUGAUGUCGAUGAUUCGUUACAGAGUGCCUUCGCAUAGCACUUCGAAAUGCAACAGUCCACCUCGUGUCACGCCUUCAGAUUUUAAACCCCAGAAAAAACAGCAAAGCAUUGUUCGUAAAAGACGCCCCGCUCAUUUAAGCAAGCCGCUUCAGAUCCCAAUCAGCCCCCCUCUGCCUGUCUCGUAUGUUGUCUCAAAGCUAAACAAGUUGGAUAACAGAUCCGAUCCCAGGAAAUACUUGUGUCCGAGCUGUGGGCGUCAAUUCCGGCACAUGGGCAGGCUGCGGGCCCACAUGCUCACCCAUUCUCCCAACCAGACAUUCCCCUGUACCCAGUGCGGAAAGACGCUGGGUAGCUGGAAGAAACUAUGGAUUCACCAGAGGGUCCAUCGGCAGCCAAGCGGCCGUUUCACGUGUCCCCGGUGCGGGCAGGGUUUCCGAUUCGCCAGUUCUUACAGAGAGCACAUGAAUCAGCACCCCGACUACUACUGGAUCAAAGAGAGGCCAAAGAAAGUUUCACUGCCUUAUCAGUGCGAGCAGUGCACAUGUAGCUUUGGGACUCUUGAUCUGCUGUUCACUCAUCAGCUCUGCCAUUCGUCAGUGCUAGACCUACGCAAGGAGCCCAAUUUAGUGUUGCUCACUGAUGCUCACAGUUCUCAGUCGAGAGCCAAAAUUGCCCCACCUAGCGAAUUUGCACCAUCUGCUGGCAGAACUAGCUCUGUUUUAUACUCCUCACAAAAACACCCAGAUCUAAAUCCUCCAAUGCAACCUUUAGACGUAAAUUAUUCUACUCAUUGUCCCAACAGGAAACAUUUAAUUGGCACCAACAAAGUUAAAGAAAAUGGCCCUGGAAAACCUUCUACACUCCUAAAACAUGUGAACUCAACCCGGACUCACAAUACCAGCAAAUCAAACAAAGACUCCUCAGACAGUUUAGAGUGUGCUGUGUGUGGAGUUAUAUUUCCUUCAGUCUCAGACCUAUUUCACCACUAUAUGGACCACGCAAGAGGCCUGGUUUAAAGUAAUACAUUUUAAACACUUGUCAGUGUCCUACACAUCACUGUAGAGCGAGGUUAGACUAGUUCCACUGAAAGGUUAUGGUUAAGAGUUUACAUUGAAGGAAUCAUAGGAUAAUCUAUAGACACCAGCUUAAAUUUAGAAAGAUGACUCUGUAUGAUUCUUCCCUUUUAACAUGAGAUUCUUAAAAAAAGAUGAAAACGGUAUAAAGCUGCCUGUGCUAUCAGCCAUCGGCCGGUUAAUGCCAUCAAGGUAUACUGAGGUUUUAAAAAAAGUUACAUUUUCAUAACGUAUAAAAUUUUAUAUCACAAAAAGGAAAUGGGGCACAAUGUUGCUCUUGAAUGGCCUAUUAGCCGUUUAAAAUUGUCUCUUUUUCUCGUACUGAUAAGUACCUAUUUGGUUGUUUGGGAAUAUUCUCUUAUGCUAUUUUGUUUGUUUUCUUAAUACAUAGAUAUUUUUACACAAGGUUGUCAUAUAGAUUUUCAUAUUCAUGGAGACAAACCCAUGCCUAAUUGUUAAAGUUUAUUCUGUAUAUGCGCCUUACCUUAGUUUGUCAACGUAGUUUCUGUCUGUUUGAACAAACUACCUGAAAACCUUUAGAUGUGGAGCUCUAAAACUUUAAAAUUGCUCAAGUAUGUCUAAAACUGUAGCUGUGUGUCAAAAAAAGCAUGUUGGAUUAUUAGUGUUCUGGGUAGCUGAGUUACUCACCAGACUCCAAUAUUUAAUAGUGGGAUUGGAUUUGUUUCUGAAGAAUGUGUUUGGCUACGCAUAAAUUACUCUACAUAGAAAAAGCAUAAUAGCCCCCCCAAGAAUCUUCUUCUUGAUCAUCAGGAAUUUAAUAAUGGCGUGAGAAGGUUUUGUUUUAUGUGCCUGUUCUAAAAUAACAUGAGCUGGUUCUGUAAGCAUACUACUUUGAAUUGAUGGCUGAAUAUUUUUCCUGACAGUCAAUUGCAGAGGGUGUAAUUGAUCGUGAAAUGUCACUGUGAACUGAACAUCCACCUGGUGUUUUCUGGACUUGGUUUAUUUCUAUGGGAACAAUCAGAAAUGAAAAGUGAUUUGGUCGCAGACACCCAUCAGUAUUUUCUAAGAUUUUAAGACUGAUUACCGGCUUUGUACAUGUUCGUUAUGAUGGAUUUCAAUUUGAUAACAUCCUGAUCAGUACACUGGUCGACAAACAUGCCCCUCCUGUAGUAUCUGAACUCUCGCAGAACAUUAAUGUUUUGCUCCUUGUCUUGUUGCCUUGAGUAUUUUGGAACCAUGAAAUACAGUUUUUUUUUAAGAAACACAUUUUGUUUUGUUGUGUAUAAAUUUAUGCUAUAGUUUGUCUUAAAAAUAAAGUUUCUUUUUCCAUAUAAAA